UUUAUCACAUUACAAGGGGCCUAUACUGACGUCAUCACUUUAUGAGCUCCCUCUUUGAGCAAUAUCCGGCUUUGGGCCUAGGAUAAGAGUUGCUAAUCGAUGGAGUUCAUUUUUUUCUUUGUCUACUUGUAUCUGCUUCUUUCAAAGGUCAAUUUGGUUGGACUUUGGGCAUGGCAGGUUAUUGAAACUUCGACAAGGAUUGACUUCAUCUUCGCUAGGACUUGACUUCUUUGAUAUUUUUAAAAUUCUAGGAACUGUGGACAAAUCAAAUUAACUAAAAGGUCAUCAGAAAUUAUUCUGUUUAGCUGAACUGCGGAGGGUCAAUUAUUUGCCAUCUAUGAAAAAUACUAAGGUAUUGUGGUCUACACUUGAGAGUAGACACUGUGGAGAGUUCAUUCAAGUGCCUGUGCUGACUUUUAUUCGCAAACAGCAUUGCGUUGUUCAUCGGGGAUAAUUUUAAGAGAAAUCUAGUUAGUGUCGACGUACGAGAAACUUGCAUGAAAACGAAAACCCUUUGUCUAGAAAGAAAAACUAUAUGGAUGUCAGGAAAGUGGUGAGAUAUUGACCUCAUUUUCAGAAGUUCGAUGAAUCUUGAAGAGCAACAAAGAAAGUAAAUGCCACUCCAAAAUCUAGGAAAAUAUUGUGUUCUUACCAGAAAGGUACCCUGUAUAUUCUGAUUUACAACAAAGGAUUCUCACUGAAAUAGCAACAGAAAACUAAAAUUGGAUCAAAUUCUGCCAUGGAAAGUAACCUCCCAAAAUUUGAGAACAACAUGCAAGGUAACCAAGAUGAAGACUGUAAAACACUAACUGUUUCUCUUAACUAUGCUUCUGUUGUUCCUGAAAAAAUUCACACAAGAGAGGAAAUAUAUAAAUGCCAGUACUGUGAUAAGGCAUUUACUCAAAAAUCUGAAUACAUUCAGCAUGAAAGAAUUCACAUUAGAGAGAAACCGUACAAAUGUCAGCACUGUGAUAAGGCAUUUACCCGAAAAUUGCAUUGCAUUGAACAUGAAAGAGUUCAUACUGGAGAGAAACCGUACAAAUGCCAGUACUGUGAUAAGCAAUUUACUAAAAAACACCAUUGCACUAGCCAUGAAAGAAUUCAUACUGGAGAGAAACCGUACAAAUGCCAGUACUGUGAUAUGACAUUUUCUCAAAAAGGUAGUCGCAUUCGACAUGAAAGUAUCCACACUGGUAAGAAACAGUACGAAUGCCAAUACUGUAAUAAGACAUUUGCUCAUGAAUGUAGUCGCAUUCGACAUGAAAAUCUCUUUCAUAAAGAUGGACGCAUUCAGCAUGAAAGUCUCCAGCAUGUUGAGAAACUGUUUGAUUGCCCACACCGUGAUACUCUGAAAAGUAAUGGCAUUUCGUAUGAAAGAAAAAAUAGACAGAAAACAUAUGAGUGUGAAUUGUGUUACAGGGCAUUUUUCAGCAGAAAGAAAUGUGAUCAACAAGGAAAAGAUAGUACUCAUGAGUCAUCCAUACUGAAAUCACAUACACAGUAUCAUAUAGCAGACAACCAUAAUAAAAAUUUAGACUGCCACAAUAGUGAUGGAGUAUCACAUACAUUUACAUUGGUCAAAACUGUCAAUGAUACAGAAGUGGGCUUAGAUGAAAAACUGAUCCGCCUUGAAAGUGAUGGUGACAGCAUAUCACAGCAGAUGGCCAAAAGUGAAAACGAGGAUUAUGAUCCUGCAAAGGAGCAGCCAUAUCCUGUAGCUUUGUUUAAAAACGUUUUUGCUUAAAAUGAAUUAAACUGUGUAUAUUUGUAGCAAUGUGAAUGUAAAACAAUUCUGUAGUAUUUUAGCAAUUAUUACUUGAUAAAUUAAUAAAUUACAAGAAAAAAGAUGGAAUGAUGAACAAGUUAA